AUGGCAGAAACGAGACGGCAACAGGCUCGUGGGCAUUGCCUGCAUGCUGGGGUGAUGAACUAUCCACCACAUAAUGGCCAAUACCCCCCGCAGUAUCUGCAAAAACCCCCCAAUCUUCAACAGCACCAGCAGACCAUCCAGCCGCAGCAGCUACUGUACAAUAAUGGUCCCGCUAACACCUCGCCAUAUCAAUAUGGCAAACCGGUUGUCUAUCCUCAGGUUAUGAUUCCAUCCUAUCCCGCUUAUACACAACCCUAUAGCCCGCAACCCCAACAGCCACCACAACAACAACAACCGCAACCGCAACCGCAACCUGCACCACAACCGGCCUCUCAGCCACCACCACCAGCGGUGGCGGAACAGCACCAACUGCCAGAGCAGCCGCAGUUUGUGAAUCCAUCAGAUGUAUUCCAGCAGCCACUAAUCCCUCCGGUCUCGUCGUCAUCAUUCAACCGUACGCCAUCUCAAUAUGGAAGCCAAUCAGCCGUGUCAGCUGCAAGUAGCAGCCAUUCCCCAGUGCUCUCUAGCACCGCUACAACGCAGUCGCCGUACCACACUCCUGCUCCCAACGCCAACCAUGGGAGUCCAUCAUAUGGCAAACACCCCCAGGCUUCACCCCGCCCACCACCAGCUCGGCCUCAACCGAUUGUAGGAACACCCCCGGCGCCGUCGCCGAAAGCCAUUCCUCAAGUGUUGAUUCCCGCCCCUUCCCCAGAGGUGCAACAGAAAAUGCAGCGGCAGGCUCCAAAGAAACAAGCGCAACGACCAGCUGGCCCGCCACUACCUCCGCAUAAACCGGCAAAUGCGGCUAUAGACUACCAGGUGUUAUUACUGGCCAUGGCAGAUGAGUAUCUCAACACAGCUCACAGCCACGGGACAACAGUCGCAUUGAUGAGGCGUGAGGUGGAGGUAGAGGAAUAUUAUAAACUGGUUGCGACGGGUCUUGGCUGCCUAGAAGCUGUGCUGAAGAAUUGGAGGCUACAGCCGCGUGUGGAAGCUCUUGUACGAUUGCGGUAUUCUCGCAUCUUGUUCGAAGAAACAGAAAAUGACCUUGAAGCGGAGACUGCGUUAAGUAAAGGUAUUGAUCUAUGUGAAAGGAAUCGAAUGCUAGAUCUCAAGUAUAGCAUGCAGCACCUUUUGGCGCGGAUGUUGCACAAGACGAACCCUAAGGCUUCGUUGAAGGCAGUAGAUGGAAUGAUUCAGGAUGUAGAAGCGUAUCGUCAUUCUGCCUGGGAAUACGCGUUUCGCUUUCUCCGAGUUUCUCUCUCGCUGUCAUCUGUUUCCCAUCAAGAUUCGAUCUCGGCGGUGCAACACCUCCAUAAAAUUGCUGACAUGGCCAACCGCAAUGGCGACAAGGCUGUUUCGGCCAUGUCGGCCGUGAUCGAGGCUUUAGCACACCUGCAGUAUGGGACCAGUUUCGACUCUGUUGAACAGGCUCAGCGUGCCGUGGCAGUAGCCCGGAGUCACCAACUCAAUGAUGAGCUUCGCCAUAUCCCGCAAUUGACAACGCUAGUCCAAAUGGUUGACAUCUGCUGCAGUCUGCAGGAAUACGACAUUAACCAAUCCUCUAAUAAAUUAAAAAUAUUGCAGGACUUGAUGGAUGAGAGAUUAAACGAUUCAAACUGGCGUGCUGAUGGGUCAUUCUCGAUCCCCUUAAGUGGAAAGUCAGCCGGUCCCUCUUCGAUAGAUACUGGAGACAUCCUUCAGGUUCAGAACGGCACAUUGCUUUUGAGCUUCAAUUGGUUACCGCAGCACGACCUCUAUGCGCUUUGCUAUUUCUUGAGCUCCAUAACCCUGAGCUGCAAGAACUCUUAUGAUGGUCGCAAGGCCGAGAAGUUCCUCCAGGAAGGGCUACGCAUGCUACAAGGGAGCUUCAAGUCACCCCAGGAUGUCACUGAGUCGAUGGUAAACGCGAACAGACGGGUAGAAUGGCGCAGGACCUUGUAUUGCAAUCUUCUCCUCCAGCAGGUAUUUCUUGCAUGUGGCCGCACGGACUGGGAUCUGGCCAGCAAGACAUUGAAAGAUCUAUGGCAGGAAGCGCAAGAACUUGGCGAAGGUCUUCCUUACCCUAUUCAGUGCCUGAUGGAAUAUGCCUCAGGUACCAUCGCACAAGCGACCGGGGAUUUAAAGGCAGCUUUUGGGUCUUUCCAGUCACCUCCCCUCUCACUGACAUCGUUUCCGAGCAAGGCCGCUCGCAAUGAUCCCUGUCGUGAUAUCGCCACCCUAGCUGCUCUCAACACCAUUCUUAUUAUCCGCGAUCCCACCCACCCAUCGCACUCUAACCUCCCUAGUGUCUUGUCUACUGUGGAGUCGAUCUGCAAGGGUAGCCCCAAUAAAUACAUACAGGCAGCCUACUACCUGGUAUGUGCGACGGUACAGUCGGAUUCCACCAUCCAGACGAAACAGUUCCUUCAGCAAGCUCUCCAGUCGGCCACUGCCAUCAGCAACAGCCAGAUAACCUGUAUGACCCUGACUUUCAUGAGCUGGAAGUAUUUCCGUGGCGUGGUUGGCGAACAGGCGGAAAAGAGUGCACGUGCGGGCCGUGCGAUGGCGAAGAAAGCCAACGACCGUCUCUGGGUCAGUGUUACGGACGAAAUGCUAGCGGAAACUCUGGAGAGGCAAGGGAAAAACGAAGAAGCGAAAGGAGUCCGCGAAGAAGGUCAUCGAGUGAUGAUGGGGUUGCCGUCAUCAUUGAAACGACCGACUUGA